AUGCCACAACGUACCACAAUAACCAUCUUCGCUCUUCUCGCCUCGCUCGCAACGCUCUUCUUCCUCGCCAUCCAAAGUCCUGGCGACAGGUACACCAUGGCAGGUCCAAAUUCAAAUCCAGCAAACGAGGAUGUGCAACUAUCAUUGAAGCUGGCAACAGCACCCAACAACAAGCUCAGGAUCACAAUUACCAACCACGACUCCACAACAGCACGAACUUUUCUUCGCUGGGAUACGCCAUUUGACCCGCGAGCGAUAGAUAUGGAAAUCCUUACACUAAAGGAUGCUGAGUCUGGUAGUGAGGUGCCGAGCCCUGGUCUUAAAGUCAGCAGAAAGUUGCCGCCACCUCACGAAGACUUGAUCGAGGUGCCAGCGGGAGGUGAAGUGAGCGAAGAAAUUGAAUUGAAGGCUCCGUGGCUUCCAAGCGAUGGGAGGAAGAUGCAGGUUGCCGCUGCGGAAGGAGAAUGGAAAGCGGUGUGGAAGAAGGGGAAGGACGAGGUCAAGGAUGAAGAGUUGGCGGACUUUGGGGGUGAAGAUGUGGUAAGGGGUGCGUUUCGGAGUGAGGGCACUGGCGAGGUGACGGUGUAG